UGUUCGUUGAAACAAGCGUUGCCAUAUUUUGAUGCUCCUGUAACAGUAAAUAUAGAAAAAAAGAAAUCGCAACAAGUGGUAGCGUGUACUUAUAAAUUUUGAAGAUCUUGGUUUGUAAAAAUCCCUAACAUUUGUGUUGUUUUGUGAAUUUCUUUUCAAACCGUUAAAGUAACAAGACUUUUGAUAAAAUGGCAGAAAAUGGGGAAGAAAGAGCGGCGGCUGAAGAAGUACGUCGUCAUAAUUUGCCGUGGAUUGAAAAGUAUCGGCCAACGAAAUUUGAUGAAAUUGUCGGAAAUGAGGAGACUGUUUGUAGAUUAUCAGUAUUCGCAACACAAGGCAAUGCUCCUAAUAUAAUUAUAGCUGGGCCGCCCGGUGUAGGGAAAACAACAACAAUACAAUGCCUGGCGCGUAUUUUACUGGGUGACAGUUUUAAAGAGGCUGUUCUUGAGCUUAAUGCUUCCAAUGAGCGUGGUAUAGAUGUCGUACGAAACAAAAUUAAAAUGUUUGCUCAACAAAAAGUUACUCUCCCCAAGGGUCGUCAUAAAAUUGUUAUAUUGGAUGAAGCUGAUAGCAUGACCGAAGGUGCACAACAGGCUCUUAGGCGCACAAUGGAAAUCUACAGCAAUACCACACGUUUUGCGUUAGCAUGCAAUACGAGCGAAAAGAUUAUUGAACCGAUUCAAUCUCGUUGCGCCAUGCUUCGCUUUACAAAAUUAUCUGAUGCUCAGGUAUUGGCAAAAAUAAUUGAAGUUUGCCGACGUGAAGAAUUGGAAUAUGACGAAGACGGACUGGAGGCUAUAGUUUUCACCGCGCAAGGUGAUAUGAGGCAAGCUUUAAAUAAUUUAGAAUCAACAUCGAAAGGCUUCGGCAAAAUUAACAGUGUUAAUGUCUUCAAAGUGUGCGACGAACCGCAUCCCAUGCUUAUACAGGAUAUGCUUCAAUAUUGCGCGCAGAAUGACAUUCACAAAGCUUACAAAAUAUUGGUAAAGCUUUGGUAUUUCGGUUACGCGGCAGAAGAUAUAAUUGGGAAUAUAUUUCGUGUGUGUAAACGUCUUACAAUUGAUGAAAAUAUGAAAUUAAAUUUUAUCCGAGAAAUCGGUGUGACCCAUAUGAAGAUUAUAGACGGCCUAAAUUCUUUACUUCAGCUAACUAGUCUUCUAGCUAGACUUUGUCAGCAUGCAGACGCAUGAAUUAAUUACAUCGAAAUUUUGUUUCGAUAUUUAGAUAGAUGUGUUAUAUUAAAAUAAAAUUUUUUUCUUUAUGUAAUUUGCUCUCAUUUGCCCUCUGGCAUUCCGUUUGAUAUACAAUUUCAUUAUAAUAGUCAUUAGAUCUUCAUCAUACAUGAUUAGAAGUUCAUGUCAAAAAUUGGAAAAUUAACAAAUUAAUAAGAAGAUUUUUGGUAAUAGAAUUAAUUGAUAUUAAUAAACUUUUUUAAUAUGCUUUGCCUAUAGUCGUAUAAAACUCGUCGUAUUUAACUCCGGGAAAAUAUAUAUAUAUAACUUUUUAAUCUAUUAAUAUUAAAAUUUGA